GUCUGUCCGUACUGCAUAUCUCUCGCCUCUUUCCUCGCCACAAGUGCAAGCAAGCCUCAUGAACUCCUACCCCCCAGCCCUCGUCAUCACCCAUCGGUCACAGCCGCGUCCGCCGCGUACCCGGUCUCCGGCUACUUGACCCCCACGCAACAAGGACAUUCCAACCGCCCACACCGCCAUGUCGCCGCGCAACCCGACACCAUUACAGUCGCUGCUGCUGCCGCUCAAGCCGGCGUCGCUGCAGUGCUUGCACCGGUUCAUCGAGUACAAGCGCACGCCGCUCGCGCACCCCGUGCCGAAGAAGCGCACCGCGGCAGUCGCGAUCAUCCUGUUUGUCGGACGUAAGGGCGACCUCUACGUCCUCCUCUCUACACGCUCGGGCGAGCUGCGGACAUAUGCCCACGACACGGCGCUCCCGGGGGGCAAGUACGAGGACGGGGACGAGGACGAGGAGGGGACGGCUAUCGGCCUCCCGAUCGAUAAGGACAGAGUGCGCUGCCUUACCCUCCUGGACCCGUUCAUCGCGGGCAACCAGCUGAUCGUGACGCCCGUCGUCUUCCUAGUGACGGACAACACGAUCAACCCGGUCUUGAACCCGGACGAGGUCAAGUCGCUGUUCAGCAUGCCGCUCGCGGCGUUCCUGCACGACCGGCCGGCCGAUAUCCCCGGGUGGAACUUUGGGCUCAGCGAGCGCGUGCAGCCCGCGCCGCUCGGCAGCGUGCCCCCGCCCGAGAAGCCGCCGUACACUGACAACGACGACGGCGGCGUCGGCGGCCGCGAGGGACGGUACUACCAGUACCGCGACGUCAACUGGGGCGGCGGCAUGGUGCGCAUGCACCGCUUCCUCACGGGCCGCGAGGGCGGCGGCGUCAAGCCCGUGUACGGGCUCACUGCGGCGAUCCUGCUGCACGCUGCCACGGUCGGGUAUGGCGAGCCGCCCAGCUUCCCCGCCACGGCACCGGGGCAGAAGACUAUGGUGCAGCGCAUCGCGUGGAUGAUGAAGAGCGGGGGCGCGUUACCCCGUGCUGCCGAGGCCGAGGGCCUGCUGGACGCGUGGCUCAACGAGGACGACGGGGGCUCGGGUGAGGAGGCAAAGGCAAAGUUGUAGCAGCA